CAGCCCGCGGCGGGAGCCCCGCCGGGCGGCGCAGCCCCAGCCCCAGCCGCGGCUCCGCCCCCCCGCUCCGGCCCGGCCCUGCCCUCGGGCUCGGCUGCUGCGCUGCGCUGGCAGCAGGGGCGGCGGUGGAGGCCGCCGCUGGGGCUCGGUUCGGUGCUGCAGACGGGCGCUCGCAGCCGCCAGGAAGCAGAGCGGCGGCGGGUGCUGCCGGAGCCCGCAGGACCGGCGCAUCGCUGCUCUGCAGGGGGCUGCCCCCCCCCCCCCGCCGCGUCCCCGCCCCAGGGCUGUCUCCGCGAGUUUGCGGCGCUUCCCCGCUCCUUCGCCGGGCGUCCGCGGCUCUGCCCGGCGCUCCCCGCAGCAGCUCUCCCCGCGCUUAACUCCGGAGAAGGGCAGAGACACGAAGUUGCGGCCAGAUCGAGUGAAAAGUAGCGGCAGCGCCGAGGGGGCCGGAGCUGAGCUGAGCUGAGCCGAGAGGCGCCGGGGCAGCGCGCCGCCACCCACAGCCCCCGCCGGCCGGGGCCGGGUCUGGCCCGGCGCCGCCCGCGCGGCGAGGGGGACAUCGCCAGGCACCGCUGGGAGAGAAACAACUUGCAAAGUGGACAGAAAAACCGAAACUGCUCUUUUAGCAAAAAGUAGUGGCUUUCUGCCUCUCUUGUAUGUUUCCAUUUUACUUCAUAAUGGGAGGUGCAGGAUUAUUUGAAUUGCAGACACAAAAUUUGGGCAUCAUUGGCUGAAGAUAAGAUGGAAGAAGACUUGAAAAUAUGUCGAUACUCCGUGACUAUUGAUUCAGACACACCUUUCACAAACAGGGCAACAGUGGUUAAAAACACUGCAGUUUCGUCAAAAGAAGCUAAUGGAGGAUUUCUGAUUUUUUUUUUCCUUCCACCCUCCCAUGAGAAAGAGAAAAAAUAUGACAGAAAGAAUAUGUAUACAAAUAGAGAUAUGGGGAAGGCUGAAGAGAGUAACUUAAACUUUUGAUUCUGUUUUCCAAGUGCUGUAAAUUCCCUAAAUCAACAAAUACAAAGCAUUGUUUUGAAUAAAUUCUAUGAUUUUGUGAUCAGUGGAGUUUUUUUGUCAACCAUAGAAGUGGAAUUUGACCCGAGUGAAAGAUUUAAAAAAGUAAAUGUCUGACUCUUAAUUCCUAUUUUCAAAUCAAGAAUCAAGUUUUUCCGCAGUUUUCUGCUUAGGAAUACAGUGUUUUAGUCUCUUACUGUGUAUUGUCAACCUGUGCUUUAUGUGAAAAAUCUCAUUACUUUCCCUCUGGUUUUAGUAUUCAUAUUUUAAUGCUGUGUUUGAGAAAAGUGUGAACAGACAAGGCACUUGUGAUUUAGCUUUUCAACAGCCACACUGUUUUCAGUGUCAUACCUCAGAUUACCAGUAAACUGAGCAUCUGUUAGAAUUUACAGUAAAAGCUAAGUCUUUUCUUUUAAGAAAAAGAAAAAUGUCUUAAGGUUUUUUUUUUCUUUUUAACUAACUGGAUCAAAGUUUCAUAUCUGAAUAUUGUAUUUUGUUAGGUGAUGCAUGCCUGGGGGAAAGGAACUGCCUAAUGGAUCAUGGCUCUGAUGUUUACAGGACAUACCUUAUUCCUAGCGUUAAUGAUCUUUGCUGUCUUCACUUUUGAAGAAUCAGUAAGCAAUUACUCUGACUGGGUGACUUUCAUAGAAAAUGUAGAUUGGUAUGGGAAACAGAAACUGCAAGAUCUUAGUGCUGAGCAGAAACAGAGAAAAACUGUUCUUCAUCCAAGCUUGUAUUUUGGUGCUGAAGAUGUCCAGGCAUUGAGGCAGAAGGCUCAUACAAGCCAUUUGCAUCUGUUUAGAGCUAUCAGAAGUGCAGUGACAGUUAUGCUGUCCAACCCAUUAUACUACCUACCUCCACCCAAGCAUGUUGAUUUUGCUGCAAAGUGGAAUGAGAUUUAUGGUAACAAUCUGCCACCUCUAGCAUUUUAUUGUUUGCUGUGCCCCGAAGAUAAAUCUGCAUUUGAUUUUGUUCUAGAAUAUAUGGAUAGAAUGGCUGGUUACAAAAACUGGUUGGUUGAGAAUGCACCUGGAGAUGAAGUGCCACUUGGUCACUCCCUAACAGGAUUUGCCACUGCUUUUGACUUCUUGUAUAAUUCACUGGAAAAUGUGAGAAGACAGAAAUACCUGGAGAAGAUACGGUCUGUAAGUGGGGAAAUGUAUGAGUACUCAAAAGUUCGUGCAUGGGGAAAGCAACUUCUCCAUAAUCACCAAGCAACUAAUAUGCUCGCUUUGCUUACUGGGGCCUUAGUUACAGGUGUGGAUGAGGAACCUCAGGCAAAUAUUUGGAAACAUACUGUUGUUGAUGUGAUGGAGAAAACAAUGUUUCUGCUCAAUCAUAUUGUAGAUGGAUCUCUGGAUGAGGGAGUAGCUUAUGGGAGUUACACAGCCAAGUCAGUGACCCAGUAUGUUUUCCUGGCCCAGCGCCACUUUGGUAUUAACAACUUGGAGAAUAAUUGGCUCAAAAUGCACUUUUGGUUUUACUAUGCCACCCUAUUACCAGGCUUUCAGAGGACGGUGGGCAUAGCAGAUUCUAAUUACAACUGGUUUUAUGGUCCUGAGAGCCAGCUAGUUUUCUUGGAUAAGUUUGUCAUGAAGAAUGGAGCUGGCAACUGGCUGGCACAGCAAAUCAGAAAACACAGACCCAAAGAUGGGCCAAUGGUGCCAUCCACUGCACAGAGGUGGAGCACAUUGCACACUGAGUUUAUAUGGUUUGCUGCAGAACUCACUCCUCAGCCUCCUCCUGACUACGGCACUGCUAAGAUGCAUGUGUUUCCUAACUGGGGAGUUGUUACGUAUGGGGCUGGAUUGCCAAACAGUCAGACAAACACCUUUGUGUCUUUUAAGUCUGGAAAACUCGGUGGACGUGCUGUCUAUGAUAUUGUUCACUUUCAGCCGUAUGCCUGGAUUGAUGGGUGGAGAAGUUUCAAUCCAGGACAUGAACAUCCAGAUCAGAACUCAUUCACUUUUGCUCCCAAUGGACAGGUAUUUGUAUCUGAGGCUCUUUAUGGGCCUAAAUUCAGCCACUUGAACAACGUGUUGGUAUUUGCCCCAUCUCCUACAAGCCAGUGCAACCAGCCUUGGGAAGGGCAGCUUGGUGAGUGUGCCCAGUGGCUGAAGUGGAUUGGUGAUGAGGUUGGAGACUCAAUGGGAGAAAUUAUAACAGCCUCCCAGUCUGAGGACAUGAUGUUUGUGAGUGGUGAGGCAGUAUCUGCUUACACAUCAGCAAUGAAAUUGAAAAGUGUGUAUCGCAUUUUGUUACUCUUAAAUUCUCAGACAUUGUUAGUUGUGGACCAUAUCGAGAAGGAGGAAGACUCUUCUGUUAAUUCAGUCAGUGCCUUUUUUCAUAAUCUUGACAUUGACUUUAAAUAUGUACCCUAUAAAUUUAAGAAUAAAUACAAUGGGGCUAUGAUGGAUGUGUGGGAUGCCCACUAUAAGAUGUUUUGGUUUGAUCAUCAUGGGAGUAGUCCUGUUGCUAGGAUACAAGAGGCAGAACAAGCUGCUGAGUUCAAAAAGCGAUGGACUCAGUUUGUAAAUGUUACCUUUUCUAUGAAAACCACACUUAUGAGGAUUGCUUACCUUUUCUAUGGCCCAUAUGUCAAUGUUUCUAACUGCAGAUUCACUGACAAUGCAAAAUCUGGAUUUCAGAUUUCACUCAAUGUCAACAACACUGAAAAUACUUUAUCUGUUGUGACUGACUAUCAGGAUUUAAAGACAAGAUUCAGUUACUUGGGAUUCGGUGGUUUUGCCAAAGUAGUUCAUGAAAACAAAGUGACCAAGUUUGGUUUAGGUACUGAAUCUAUGAAAAAACAGAUAAAAAAUAAUAGUAUGGUUUUCCCAUUUGGAUUCAAAGUGAACAUAAUUGCAGGAUUAAUUUUGGGUGUGAGCUUGGUCAUACUUGCUUUUCAGUGGCGGUUUUACAUUUCCUUCAGUAAAAUGUUGCGUUGGAUCUUAAUAUUGGUUAUCACUCUGUGGCUUAUUGAACUGGUGGAUGUGUGGAGCACUUGUACGCAGCCCAUCUGUGCAAAAUGGAGCAGUGACAUGACAAGGCUAGAACAUGAUAAAGGCAAUAAAGUCAAACAGUUAGAAGGAAACCCUGUUGUUUUGCCAGAUGUUAUCAUUACUUCACUUCCCGGUUCUGGUGCAGAAAUUUUAAAGCAGCUGUUUUUCAAUAGCAGUGACUUCUUAUACAUCAGGAUACCUACAGCCUAUCUAGAAAUUCCUGAGACUGAAUUUGAGAUUGAUUCCUUUGUAGAUCCGUGUGAAUGGAAGGUUUCCGAUGUCCAGAAUGGCCAUUUUCGACUUCUGCAAGGGUGGUUCCAGUCUCUAGUUCAAGACACAAAGUUACACUUACAAAACAUUAAUUUAUAUGAAGCCAGCAGAAGUAAAAUUGCUCAGCAUUCUACCAUAAGCAGGGACAAAAAGAAAAAAUCCAGAAGGAAAGAAUCUCUGUCAGAGCAAAGAAGAAGGGCAAGAACGAGUCAAGAUAAAGAUGCUGAAUAUAUUAGGGAACUGAGGAGGCACCUUGUCUAUUAUCCUAAUGCACGGCCUGUUCUCAGUUUAAGUAGUGGGAGCUGGACAUUAAAGCUUCCUUUCUUUCAGGAAAUCCUAGGACCUUCAAUGAGAGCUUUAUAUGUAGUAAGGGACCCACGGGCAUGGAUUUAUUCAAUGUUGUACAAAAAUAAGCCAAGCCUUUACUCCUUGAAAAAUGUUCCACAGCGCCUAGCUGCAAUGUUUGAAUGGCAAAAUGGUAAAGGAAAGUGUAGUUUAAAUGAAGGCUAUGCCUUUGAAUAUGAAUCACUAAGAGAAGAACUUUCACAUUCUAAUUCAAAUGCUAUUUCUGUGUUGUCCUAUUUAUGGCUAGCAAACACAGCAGCGGCACUGAGAAUAAAUGGGGACCUGCUACCAACAAAUUAUCAGCUGCUCAAGUUUGAAGAUAUUGUAAACUUUCCUCAGAAGAUGGCUGAAACGAUUUUUGCCUUUCUUGGUGUUCCUCUUUCUCCUGCUAGCUUAAACCAAAUAUUAUUUGCCACCUCUACCAGUCUUUUCUAUCUUCCUUAUGAAGGGGAAAUUUCACCAAGUAACAUUCAUGCCUGGAAACAAAACAUGCCCAAUAAAGAGAUUAGACUGAUUGAGGAUAUCUGUUGUUCUCUUAUGGACCACUUAGGAUAUCCAAAGUUUAUAGAAUAAAUGCUGCUGGUCAGCAGGAAUUUGCACUAAUGAUCUCUGACUCCAAAUUUGUGGAUGAGAAUUAGAGAAGCUUGUUUAUUCUUGUAAAAUGUGUACAGCCUGCUACUUUCAGAGAGAUUAUUUUAUGAAAAGAUAGUUGUUCUUGCUUUUUUUUUUUAACUUGUAUCUGCUUUUGCUGCCUUUUAAAUAAAGCUGUGUGAACCUUUACAGAACUACCAGCUGGGGAGUAUAUAGCUCAGGGGAUUAGUAAUAGGAUAUGGAGCUUUUCACCUUCAGCUUGCCGGUUUGACUCUAGCCCAGGUGGUUAGUUCCCAAAAGUACUUCUCAUCUGAUGGUUGUAUGGUGGCUUAUAUGAAAUUAAAUUGGUGGUAUUGGCCAAGUUACCCAAUGGUGGUAAUUAGACCCCUUGGACAGGUUUGCUUAUACAUUCUGUCUCUCACUAUAGUGGUGCAAAUUAACCAUAAGCCCAGUUUUAAAGCUGUUCUGCCACUUCAGUUCUUCCCACUUCAGUUCUUCCCACUUCAGUGAGAGAAAGCAGCCAGAGCAUUUGAGUGAAUCUAGUUCCUUUUUGACAGUCUCAGCAGAGAGGGCCAGGACUGGAAUGGACAUGGAUAUCAAGUAUUGUUAUGUGAUAUGGUUCCUUCAGCUCAGAUGUGCCACUUCUGUGGGGUUUUGUGCUUUGACUAAAGAGAAGACUUCAUUCUCCAGGCCUGAGAAAGUGGUACCUUUUGUGAGCCUGAAGUAAACUAUCUGGAGAAAAAAGGAAUGGGACACAAUCCAAGAAACCAACAACAUCUCCCAAACUAGCAAUUAAAUAUGGAGAAGAUUUUGUGUAAUUUUGACCUGCAUCUUCAUGUCAACCUCAUUUAAUUUUCAAGGUUGUUUACAUCUCUGCUUCCAGUGCAGCUUUAUCCUGUACAUGCUAAGGGGUUCUGCAAGGAUUUUGUCUUUUUCUGUGAGUCUCUUCAAUCUUUCUUUGUUGUAACACAUUUCUCUGCUGAUUCUUGUGCAGAACUUCACUGAGGCCAGUGCAAAUAUUUAAUGUCAUUGUCAGUGGUGUAUUGUUGAUGUCUGCAUAAAAUGACAAUCUAAGAUUUAGAAGACCUUAAAGAAAUCUCCAGGUCUGUGUUGCUAAGGGAUGUUUUGCUUCUUUGUACAGUGGAUUUCUGCUGGGCAACCAUUGCUAACCUCAGGUCUUCUAUCAGAGAGAGGAAAAAUCUGAAAUUCCCCCUCCACCACCACCUCACAUUUAAAUGAUGUUUCCCUGCAGUAAACUAUUUCCAAAGUCUGCUGAUUUUAACAUGAUUGGUAUUUCUUUAACAUGGUGCUCUAAUAUAAUAUUGGUUUGGAAACAAACUUGAUGGGAUAGGUUUGUGUGUUAGUCACAGCUCAUUUUCUUCUUGCAUCAUGCUCUUUGUGCAUGCCCAUUAAAAAAGUUUCCUACUUUGACUUGCUCAGCAUUCUUUGGAAAUGCAUGCAUACUGUAAAUGUCUGCAGAUGUGUAAAUCAAAUCACAGAGAGACAUCUGUUUCCUUUACCAUCUGUUUUUUAUUACAAAUGGAAUUGUCUUGAAAUACGCUUUAUUUGGUUUUUGGGAGCUGGGAUCGGAGUUUUGGUUUAUUAUCUUGAAAUAUGUGUGUAGAGUAAUUACUAUUUAUUUGGAUGAUGGACAAUGUCAAAAAUGUAGUGAGUUCCUCCCUGCAGAUUGCAGAUAUCUUUGCUGAUUUUUAAUACAAUGAAGUUCUUGCCUUUCCUUCCAACUUUAUUAUGUCUCUGUCCUACCCCACUUUCUUGCUCUUCCCAUACAUACAUUUCAUGUCCUUUGCAGCAUGUUGUGAUCUCUCAUUAUGACCUGGAUGAAAACAGCUCUUUCCCAGCCAUUUAUUAUUAUGUCAAAAUUGACCUCUAGCAUGAUAAAGCUAUUGAUACAUUGAAGACUCACUUGGCUAUCAUUUUACUUUGACUGUAAUAGGGACUAGCAGCAGUUGUGUUUUUUUCCUCUUUCAUUCCUAGGUCUCACCUCUGGUAGGUGGAAUGUCAAGUCAAAGGAGAUAUUAAAGCAUGUUAACGUAUACUGACAUGUUAGUGAAACUUUGGUUUCCAACUAUCUUUCAAGUUGGCUUGUCUCUGAAGCCAUUUUUGGUUGUAUGUAAAAGUUACUGUAUUGAUGUCUAUACAGUUUUAUGUACUUGACAGAAUAAGUCCCAGCAUUUGCUUUCUAUUUCCAUGAUUUAUGCUCUAGAAUUAGAACAAAUAAAAAGCCUUUCCCCUUCAGAUGUUUCAGGACAGCUUUAGGUAAGAAUUAAGAGUGACUGUGUGUUUGUGGAAGUAGGAAGAGACCUUUAAAUCCCUUCCUAACAGUGCUAUAUGAAACAUAACAACAGACGAUAAACCAGCUUUUUGCUUGUUUCUGAGAAGUUAGGAUGGACAAGGUUAUCUUUCAGCAGGGUCAUCUCUGUUAUUUUUAGAAUGCAAGUUAUCCCGUGCAUAUAUGUCCAUAAUAAAAGUCACUGUUGUCAUUUGUUAAAUGCAGGAUUUAGGAGCCAUUUAUUUUCUGUACUGUACUUUCCAGAGUCAAAGUAUGCAUAAUCUAUUAUUCAGAUUUGGUUGCAUUGUGUAUUCCUUACACAGAUAUAAUAAGAUACUAGAGAACUCUGUUCUUUAUUUUUGGAUCUUGUUGCGAGGGCAAAUGUAGUAAAAACAUUAUGCUAAAUAUAUGUAGAAGGAAAAGCAGUGUCUAAAAAAACAGGGUAGGAAAACCUAAGGUCUGGCAAGUCCCAAAGUAAUUUUUAAUCAUAUAGCUGUUUUGUUGUGUUUUAGAUGAUACGUUACAUGACUCCUUGAUCAAAGUUAAUACCAAACCAGAUGCAUCCUAGCUGUAGAGUUGAUUGACUUUUUAUUGAAACUGGGGCCUUGUACCUGUAUUAAUAGCAACCCAAGACACGGACAACAGGAAGCUGAAGAAGCAUUCAUACUGUUGAAGAGAAUGCCCACUAACAGAUCUAGAUCUAGGACUUUGUAGAAUAAAUUUUAGCUGCAAGAUCCAUUUCAUUUAUGAAUAAAAUUGACAGUUGUGAUAUUGAGAAGUAGGAAUACUGUAAAGGCCUGGUAGUAAUAAUUAAUAAUAAACAAAAACUUGCCUUUCUCUAUUAAAGAUAAAUUCUGGUUUUCUGUCUGUGCUAAUCCUAAAUGAGAUUGGUUAUUAAAUAGAUUUUUUUUUUUCUCAUGCAAGCAUUCCCAUUGAAACUAGUAUGGCUCACUGUAUGAAGGUGAAUGAAAUUUUACAGUAUGAAAUGAUUUUUGAUGUUGUAGGAGUUAUUCACAAAAUCUGCUUCUAUCACUAGCAUCCAGAGGAAGAAUAGUCACUGAGCAGGCACAGACAUUAACCUCUCCUUUCUCCUUAUAAACAUGUUUCAGACUUUCAGUAAAACUUGAGAAUUAAAUUAAAUUUUUAUGAAAAGCAUGUAUGUUUAGGUACGUUGGAUUGAAGAGUGUUCUAGCACUUACAGAUACAGUUUCAUAAAGAUGGUCAUGAGAUAUUUUAUCUUAAACUUGCUUCCUAUUUCUCCCUGUUUUAAAUGUUGAUGCUUGUUUGUGCUGUAUUAUAACCUGAGCUGCCACGUUACAAGAGAGCUAAGAUUUUGACAUUUAAUAUUUUAAAAAUUAAGGCUUUAUUUAAAUAUCUUUCUCAGAAGCACAUGUGGAAGCCCAAGAAAAAUUAAUGCCAGGAAAACAUUUCAGUUGCUUAUUUACUCUGUAACUAAGUGAUAUGGGCCUUGGGGAGAGGCACGAGGGUCUUGGCCUUCACAGUUCUGUCAAAUAGCAUGAAUCUGCAGUCUUUGAACAUACCUAAAUGCUUCUAUGGUUCCCAGUAUGGAUUUUCCAAGAGCAAAGUCUGCGGAGAUGAGCCUCAGUAUCGUCGUCAGAUUGGUUCCUUUCUUACUAUUAGCGUGCAGUUGGCUUAGUCUUCUCCUAGAUUAGCACUUGGACAGUUAAUUUGCAGGAUCCAGAGUUGAAUUUAUGUAUCAGAUCCUCAGUUAUAUCUAACUUAUAUAGCACUUGACACUAAUAUUAUUCUGGUAGUGUUAGAAUGCAGAGUAAGCAAGCAAAAAAUGCACUUCAGGUUUUAUAAGGAUAGCAAGUAAUAACUGAUUUGCAAAGCUGCUGUCUUGGAUCAAAUUCUUUUUGUUAACUGUAAAAAUGGAUUUACUUGCAAUUGAAAUUUCAUGAUCUGACAAGCCAGGAGAGCCCUGACCCCUCCUGAUCAUCAGUUAUUUUCAUUAUUAAUCUUGGUGUUACUGUAUCUUUGAUCAACAUGUUCAAACAUGAUCUGGAAUGUAGUAGUAGUAUUUGCUUAAAAUGUUUGAAAUGCACAGUUCAACAGUAAGGAUAAAAAUACAGUACAUCUAUAUAUCUGUAAGUUUACAAAAAAACAGCCCUCUUGUGAGCAUCCAUUUGUUGGAUUCCAUAUAUUAGAAUAUUUUAUAGCUAAGAGUCUGUGAUAUUUAUUUGAGGAGACUUAAAAAUAAUUUAUUGGCUUACCUUGUUUUUUAAUUACACGUACUGCUGUUCUCUCUAAGAAUAAGUACUGGAUCAAAACUGUCAAUGAUCAGGCCAUCAUAAGCAUUCCUUCCUUUCUCUGGACUUCCUUUUAGUUUUGGUUUGGACUAAAACGUUUUAAGUUUUAUCAUGAACGAGCUGUUUUUCUGAGUUAGGGGUCUGUCUGGAGACUCUCAUAGUCUCAGAUUCCAUUUCCACACUUUAAUUUGUGUGUGGAAUAUCAUGCGCUGCAUUCAGAACUGAGCCAUCUGUAAAAUGCUGUCGUGCUGACCAUAAUGAAUGUUGUACCAUUGACUUCAACAGGGCCAAAAUGCCAUCCUAUAUGUUUCUGCAAGGAGCUAUGCAAAAUUUCGUGGACUAAAUAAAUGUCUCUAAAUCAUUCUUUAUUAAUCAUUCUGAGACAAGGUUAGCUGGUUUUAAAGGUGUAUAAAUGAUUUAUCUGGGGAUUUUUCUCCCUCUUCUGUAAAUAAAUGUUACCUUCUAGAGAAUUAUCAUCUACCUAUCCUGAAUAUUUCUGAAAAGCAGAAAUUACAGGAAGUCAAUACUUCAAAUGAUCAUGCAAGAUUACUCUUUUUGAUAUCUGAAGCAUUAUGAGGAAAGGAAAUGCAUUUCAAUAGUGUGAAAAAUAUGAAUUAUUCCAUAACCCCAAUCAAAGUUACCUGUAGGCUGUCUGAUAAAUUUUUAAAUUCAUGAAAUGAAGUAUAGAAAUAAACAAAUGCUUUAAAUAAUGUAGGAAGAACAGUUUCAAAUGUCAGGACUUUGAUUUUCAUUAGUGAGUAGAAAUUUGCUGAUACAUUAUCUGCAGUAUUCUUAUAAAGGAUGUGAAUGGGUAAUCUUGUGCUCUCUCAGAAAAUAUUUAAUAAUGGGAAAGUGCUAUUUCACAUUAUUGAGAUGAUUCAGUUCUAAAUUAAACUAUACAUCUUUGAAGCUGACAAUAUGCUGAGAGUUUUAUGUGAUGUAGGAAAACAAAGACAGUCUGAUUUCAUUCACACUUGUCUAAAUGUAGAACAAUUUCAGAGUGGAAAAGAUUUUUACUUAUGCUGGUAUAACCUCAACAUUUAGUUUAUUGCCUCUGCUGAGAAAGAUAUUGUGGUGUGUAAGAACAUGACCUAAAUUCAUCUAAUCUCACAUUAGGUAAUUUAACUGUGGCACCUAAUCAAGGUGCCUUGUCACUCUAGAAUCAAUGGAAAGAGCAUCUUCAGAGGUAAAUCAGACAUUACUUAUCUCUUUGUAAGUCCUCAAAAGCCUAGGGUGAUUAAACUCUUCCUUUAGAUGCCCGCCAAAAGGUCUAAAAUAAAGUGGGGUGAAUUUGGGUUUAAUUGUGUAUGGUUUUGUGUCUAAGUGGAUUUCUGUGGCUGAGCAAUUCUAGUGCAUACACUGUCAUAGAAAAUUUUAUGAAACAUCAUACAUAAAAUAAAACUAUUGUUAAUAAAAUAGUAAUUAUGUGUUAUGCUUUUUUCUUAAAUUGUUUCACCAUUUGGGAUAUUACCAGUCUUUGUGAUUUGUAGUCAGUUUACAUAUUUAAAUUUUAAAGAUACUGUUGUUUUUGUUUGUUUUUAAAUAUGGAACAGUUGUUAUCUUUCAGGAAGUAUUGAUGGCAGGUCUUGAAUCUGUCCUCAGAUGCACAGUAAGUAUAUUUGGUGUUAAGUAAAAGAUCACAAAAUAGCUAUAUUCCUGGAAAAGGAUGAUUGCCUAUUCAGUGAAAAAUGGAUUUGUUGUACAAAUCAAAACUUUAAAGCAAUGAUCUUCUGUCUGUUUUGCAAUACGUAUGGAUCCAUCAGAACAGAAAAGCUAAAGUGGUAAUGGGUAGCAACUUACCCUUUUUAGGCUUAUCUCCAAAUUGCUUUAUUCUUUAAGCUAUCUCUGUUUUAUCUCUGCUCUCAUCUGAACUAAUAAAUUAAAAUUGCCCAGGAAAGUUCUCUGGAACUGGACAACUGGUCCAGUCCGUACUUCUGAUAACCUUAGCCUCUAAACAGGGUGGCUGUAUGCAAACUGGUGUUUAAAAUGGGGCCUGUUCUAAUUCCUGAACUAGACCCAGGAUUCGUUUGGAAGAAUGACAUUUGGCCUAGAGACCAUUUUAGCCAUUUAAAAGUAUAGGUAGACAAGUUCCACCAGCCAUGAAUGUUCUCUGGUGUGUUUAAUUUAAAAUACACACAUGAUCAAGUUAUCUGGAGAAACUGAAGCUCUCUGGCUCUGUCUUGCUGGUUGUGGGCUGAUACAGGUGGCAUCUAUCAGAAAAAGAGGCACAGGCAAUUCAGCAUCCUAACACUGCAAAGGGCUAGAGCCCAUUGCAGAUGUAUCUGAGCUGCAGCCAGUGUGGGAGUGUUGCAGUUUUAACUAACUGAUUUUUUUGUUCAUUUAUAUAACCAGGAAGUGUUUGGGAUAUAUCUUAAAACAUAUGAACAAGAAUAAGACAUGGUUCUACCUCUCCUAUGAACUACAGCACAUUGUAAGGGGCUUUUUAUAUUUUCUGUAAAGGUUUGCAUGUUUUAAAAUUUUGAUGAGAUUAUAUUUUCUGAUAAAACAGCUUUAAUGGUUUUAUGUUGUGAUAGCUCUGUGCCUUGCUUGUUAUCUGCUGCAGAAUAGAAUGUUCUCUUAUUUUCUAAUUGGUGGGUGGGAUGUGCUUACACUUUGUAGCUUAUCCUAGGUCUUGUCACUGCACUCCCACAAGUAAUCUCUUUUUUUUUUUUUUUUUGUCUUCUGAAUCUUGAACCCAAGUUUGUUUUUUGGGGGGAGUUACAUGGAGAAUGCCUAUCACAGCAGGAGCAUCUAGGUGUGGUAUAAAUGAAUGUUUCUGUCUAUUACAAAUUCUUUGACCAUAUUUGGCUUGAACUAUUUUCUGAGAAGUCCUUCAAAGUGAAAAGAUCUAGCAUACAGAUUUCAGAGGAAACUAAUGCCAACAGCGUGAUAAAAUGCAGGCUGUCAGAGAUAAUAUAUGCACAUUUGUUUCUGAGAAAGCCGUUAAUAUUUUCACUCUUAAUUGCUGUUCUAAGAGAGGAUUUGAUUGUAUUUUCUUUGUUUUCAGGCCUUUAUGUAUUUCUAUCCUACAGCUUGCCUAGAAAUAGAUUUUUUUCCUAUGUUUUCUGAAUCUUAGUUUGAAGUAUUCAUUAUGAUACAUUUUCUUGAAGCUUCUGUUGUGUUUCAGGAUGUUCCAGUCUAUUCUUUUCAUGACUCACAUUCUACAUACGCCACUUGAUUUCAGGAAACAUAAUCUCAGACCUGGUGAGGAGUGUGAUAGAUACACAGAGAUGAACUGAGAAACAGGAGAAAAGAAAUGUUAUGCCAUUGAAGAGAAUAGGCUUGAAUAAGUGUUGGAAUAUUUAGGUCUUAAUGAGCUGCCAUAUCAUGUACUAUGAAUGCCUGAAUAAAAAACUUUUAUUAUCCACUUUCACUGAUCAGGUGAACAUUGUCUGUUUCAAAUUAUCUUAAGACUACUGAAGGAAAAAUAAGUUAAAAGGAACUUUUGUUUGUAUGUAUUUUGAUUUUUUUUUUCCCAAAGCACUGACAUUCUGUUGUAUUCUUAAUCUGUAACUAGAUACCUAUUACCCAGUAUGGAUCUAUAACAACAUUGUUGGCACCAAAGAAUGCUUUUCAAUGAGAGGUGCAGCUUUACCUGCUGGGUAUGUAUUCAAUAUUGACAGUUUCUCAACUACAGCUUUUGUGACACAUUUGAAAGAAAAUCUUGACAUCUGUAAUAAAGAAUUGUUUAAUGUUAAAGAAUGGACUGCACUGUUGCUGAGCAAAAUGGAGGCAGGCAAUGUGGAAAUGUGUAAGACAAAAAAAAAUGUUUAAGAACAUUAUUAGACAAUCAGAAUACUCUUGAUUAGUCUUAAUUAUGCCAGACUCUUAACAAGAUCUUUAAAAGUAUGUGUGUAGCUGUCAUUAUUCUUCAGUCUACUGCGCUUCAUGGCCCUCUUUAAUUGCAGGCUAAGCUAAACUGAAUUUCCUUCCUUUUGCUGAAAGAUAAGAAUGUGUGUACAUGAAGGUACCAUAACUUUGUACUAGCAUUUUUUAAACUGCUGUAACUUGAAUAUGUGUCAGUGCCUCUAAAUUGCUCCAGGGUGCAUUUACAAAUCUUAGAUAAUGAAUGAUCUUGUUGCCUUCAGUGUUUUUCAGUGUAUAGGAAUUUACCUAUUUGUAUUCCAUGUUUCUCUGAUAAUAGCCAGGUGUAAAGUACCUUUAACACAUGAGGUGAAUAAGAUGAUUAGUAAAGCGGCAGCUUAGGCGAUAAAGCAAGAGCUUUGUUCAUUGUUCACAUAUUGUUUUAAAUGUUUGCAAGAAAUCUGCUUCAUCUGCAUGUGGUUCACUUGGCUGUGCGUAGCAAUAGAAUCACAGCAUCCUUUGCAGAAUCUCCCCUGAGAAGUUUAGAACUUAAGGAUACAGUUACCAACAGCAAAUAAUCUGCCUUGCUUUAGUGCCUCUAAAAGGCAUAGAGGUAUGAUUUUCUUUUUGAUUUAAAAGCACCCAGAAAACGAAAGGAAAAUUAUUAUUCCAUUCCCCUUUAAAGUUGAAAAAACCCUGAUAUUCAGGAGCUGUUAAAGUAAAAAAAUAUGUAUCUAGGGUCAGUUUAGCAGAGCUGCCCUUAUUCCUAUGCCAGUCAUAUAGUUCAGUGUACUGUUAAAAUAUUUCUGUUCAUGUUGUAUAAUGUAUCCUGCAAAACAGAUGCAAGUAUCAUGAAUUUACUUUUGUUGGACUUUUGGAACAGAAUCGUCUAGAUACAUAAACAGCUUUCAACUGAAAGCACAUGUAAAAACCUCAUGAAAAGGUACUUAUCCAUAUCUAGACACCUUGCAGUUACUGUUGUACUUGUGGGCUUUUUAUCAUGUUAAUGAUGAAGAUUUAGUCACUAGAUUUUUGUUUUCAUUUUUUGUUAACUUUACAGGUGUUUUAUUAGGUGUAAGAGCAAUGGGAGAAGUGGUCACUAACUCUAAAGAUCUCAUAGUCUAAAUGAUAAAAUACCUAUUAACACCCAUAUCUUAGAGAUUAAAAAUCUAGCAACUUGCAUAAGGCUUUUAGAUAAUUAUAUAGGAGUAAUUUAAUUAAAUUAAGCUGAAUUUAAAUAGUUCAAAUCGCAGUCUGUUUCACUGAAUCACAGGCAGCUUAUCUUUGAGCAGGAAGUCAUUUGCAGUAUCCAUGUUACACAUGCAUUUCAUCAAAUUCAUAAUGUCCUGCUAAGUUGUGGGGGGAGUCAGAACGCUGGAAAGCAAACAGUGUCUGUGGUGUGGAGCUAAGGCUUACACAUGAAAUGUAUGUGGUGGAGUGCAGAGAGAUGUUAAGGUGAUGAAGGCUCUAAGCAAUUACAGUGAAGUUCUGAAUUUAGAAUAUCAAACAGGCUGUGACAUAUGAAAUUCACUGGGAAAUGUUUAGGUUGUGGCUUGUGUUUUCCUUGCAAAUGAAGCGCUUCUUUUUUUGCUAAGAUGGCUUUUUCAACUGAAAGUGUUCUGAGACUAUGACAAUCUUUUAUUCUUCUUCAUUCUGUGUAGUUUCCCUAUAGAACCUUUAUUUAUUUAUUUUGGAAAAAUAUAUAUUAGUUUAUCAAGAGUGAAUUGGACAAACUCUUUAUUUGCUGUUUCCUUGUGGUUUGAAAGGAGAAAUAGUUGCAGGCAUUCCCCCUCCAUUUUGAGAAGAAAUCUAUCACAAUUUCUUAAAGUCACAAAUGAGGAAGAGAAAAUAAAAGAUGUCCAUAGUUACAAACUGGGGGGGGGGAACCUUCAAAAUUUUUUCUUGUGCCAGCAAAAAAAAAGCCUAAGAAUUUAAUCUUAUUUCCUUGAUUGGCAGCUUUGUCGAUACAUCAUUUAUGUUCAAAUUACAACUGUUUCUAUUUAAAAUGAAACAAAUGUAAAAAAAGCCCAGCACUUUCAUCAAAGGAAGUAUAUAUUGAUUAUAUUGGUAUUUUUUACUAUCAUUUUAUUAUUUUGAUGAAUGUCUCCUAACUGGAAUUUUGUGGUAAACCACAAAUUUGGAAAAUUUUUCUUAACCUUUGUGAUUUCAAAUGUGGCAAGAGUGGCCAACAACUUAUGAAGUUUCUUGUUCUAAGGCAAAAUCCUAUCACUAGCACACUGCCAAACACUGCACACCACUUUACUGCUAAACAAACAAACAAACAAACAAACAAAAAACCACUUACAAAUAUUCUUACAAAUAUUAAUGAGUGAAUAUUGAAAUAUUCUGCUUUCCUCUUGAGAGACAAAUGCACUCAUCUGAAUAAGCUCAUCUGUGAAUUAGCUUAGCUAUGCCCUGCAAAAUUCGUAGACAGACAAAUUUCAAAAAGGGCUACUCCUUUCUUAUUUCAGUAGGUAUAAAUUUAGUUAAUUGGUCAAGGAGAAUUGAAUUGAAAUAAUAGGUAGUUAAACUAGUUUAAAUGUCUCUAGCAUAGGGGCCUGUAUGGAUUAAAUAUUUAUUUUUGACUUUUAGAGUUAUUAAUGCAUUUUUCUGAAAAGAUAGCAUCAGAGAUAUCUCAAAUCUCUAUAAUCCUGUUAAAUAGAAACAUUUCCUUGGUGAUGGGCGUUCUAGAGAUCCUGCUAAAAGUACUAAUCUAUUUUACAUUAGCACAUCAUAUUAGACAUCUCUUUGAGACUCAAGAGUAUUACUUGUAUUUUUCAUUCAAUACUGACUGACAAUGUAUAUAUAUUUCAGUUUAACAACAAUGUGCCAUUAGACUGUUAUAGCAAAAUAACCGCAAAAGUAGCCUAAAAUCUUUACCUAGGAGAUUAAUGUAUCAAAAAUAGAUGUUUUUCAUAUCGAAAUGAGAAUUCUAACUCUCAAACCAUGAAUCUCAAAGCACAAUAUGACUUCUUAUUCCGCUAUUGUGUGGUUGUCCUGUUAGGACUGAACAAUGGGACGUGCUAUGACAGCCUGAUGCUGAUAUGACAGCUGUCUCAAGAAAAAAAAAACCUAUUAGUUUUAAUCAAUACAACACAAUAUAUAAUAGGCUCUCCUAGUAACUACUUUUCUUUCCUGAAUGUAUAUAGAAUAGCAUUAUACCUGGGAACAUAUUUCUAACUGCAGUCAGUAUCUGCUGGCUAUAGGAAAAUACGAUUAUAUGCUAGCUUGGGUUAUGCAUUAGCAGAAAAGGCAGGCAACAUAGACUGUAGUCUAGAGCUUUUCAUUGGCUCCAUUUUAGUAUUGCCAAAAAGUACACAGUAAAUAUAUAUAUAUAUAUAUUUUUUAAUUAUGCUCACAGAGCAUAUUAUUGUCUGUGAUAACAGAGAUCUCUUUCCUUAUCAGAAGACUUAGCAGAGUUUUCGCAUUGUGUCUUUCCCUGCUGCCGGCACAGUGAAGCACAGAGGACGUAGCUAGAGGAGAGGAUAUAUGCCAGAACGUUCAUACAAUAUGAUGACCCUCAGGAGUAUUAUCCUUGCUGCGCUGCCACAGACAACAAACAUAAACUAGAGCAAGCCUAUUGCUUCUUUUUAGGACACAGAGAAGAUCUUGAAAAUCUCUUACUUGUGAGUACCCUACAGACUCCAAGAAGAGGAAUAAUUUAAAAAAAGUAAAUAAAUUACCUAUAAUUGCAUAAUAUAUGAGCUAAUCCCAUGAUUUCCAUGAGCCUGACUGAUGCUCUUAAAAGAUUGGAGUUGUUCAGGUGUCGGAUAUAGUCAUGUAUUUCAAAAUCUAGCAGAAACAAUUAUUUUCUGAAAUAUAAGAAACAAAAUGUUUCAGCUCAUCAGCCCAUAAGUACCUGUCACAGCACAACUAAAAAGUAGGUGAAUGAGCUGAUAAUGGACAUCUGCACAGCUUUUAAUCCUGGUUCAGUGUGAUAGCUGUGCCUAGAGUCAGCAUAAAGGCUGGGCAAUUAAGACAGUGAUCAAAAGAACUGCUGUUGUUCAGACCUCUUGAGGAGGGAUUAGGCUCCACAUUUCCCAUGCUGGUGAAACCUGUCAUUGGCAAUCUCUAACACACUGGUUCUGAACUAGUGAAAUAUGCCAAUGUACGUACCAGUAUGGCACAUACGAGAUCGAGCUCAAGCCUUAUGCUGACAGUGGGGAGGUGAGGUGGGAAGCAAGUAGGGUGAAUGAAGAGGCAGUGGCAGCCUGAGAGGACCAAGACGAAGGGAUGAGGUAUGAAUAAUUCGUAUGGGACUGGAGUGUCCAGCCAUCUGCAAGGAGGCAAAAGUGAGAGGAGUUAAAAGGUAUCUGCAGGAAUGCUUAUAUUCAAACCACUUCUCUAAAUUAGCUAGCGUGCAGCAUGGGUAUCCUUUCACAAAGGAGGAUAACAUGAUUGGUUUCUAUAAAGAAGACUCAUUUAAUUUUAUAAUGGUACUUAGGCACUUUUUGCAAAAAUAAAAAUGGCUGGCAUCAUGUGUUGUUUAUUUAAUGACAAAUUAGAUCUCAGAAUAUAAUAUCUUGAAAAUUAGUUUUGGUUUUAAUAUUUUUCUUUUUUAAUCACAGAUUUCCAUUAAGAGUAGGUGAAUAAAAUAUGCACCUCCAUGAACUACUGAAAAAUAAUAUGGAAGAGUGGGUGAGAAGAGCUUUGCUAAUUCCAAGCAAUUCAAAUGAAAUACUUUAAAACCAGAAUGUCAUUUGCAAAAUCUCUAGAUCUCCUGUCUCAGUGCUAUGAAAUUAGACUGCAGCAAAAUAAUUUUAUGUAAUAAACUCCUAUUAUGUCUCUUCA